AUGCGAUUCAUCUUGCAACUGUUGUCUACUUACCUUGGUUGCGUCCAAUUGCCGGACGAAACAUCAAGCAAAGCACAGCCGACCUGUUCAUCCGGUCUUUUGUUUCCUUCUCUUCCUGUCAUGAAUCAUUUCCUCUUUUUCCCUCGUGGCAUCCCUAUUCUAGAGCGUUUCCAUUUUAUGCGUUUCGAUUUGUUUCUUUCAUGCCCGACGCGUUUCGAGUUUCAUUGA